AUUUGAUGACCCAGCGCACUCCAACCACUUCUCUGCGAGUCAGAGCAAAGCUCCGACGUAUUAUCAUUGCAUUGAUUUGUGCCAUUGGUUUAGCCUGGAUCCUGUUUUCUAGUCUUCAAACUAUACCCCGACAUUUUCUUGAUCCAAUUGCUGUCAAUACUACCAGUCACUCCAAUACUACGACUACAAACAAUACCUUUAGCGCUACUAUUGAAGUAUAUCAACAAGCUCCACUUCGUGUACUAUCCGAUGCUCAGAUCCUUCAGCUUUUACGUAUAGAAUUGAAUGAGCACCGUGCUGGCUCUUUGAAGGAGGAUGACUUUGCUGGUGCUAUUCGUCGUGUUAGUUUGCACAAAACUCUAUACGAAGCCCAUUCGAAAAAUGUCACCGAGUUGACUGUUCCUAUGGAGGAUUUAGAGUCUCUCUUGUUCCCUUGGGUAAAAGCUGGGAACAAAUUCAAAUCCAUUUCGCAUCUCGCCAGUUCUUUUACAGGCCGUGGUAUUGUCAUGACUACUGGUCGAUAUCAUUUUGAAUAUGCUCGUCAUGCUAUCACUGUCAUUCGAAAUCUUGGCUGCACUCUUCCUAUUCAGCUAUUUUACAUUGGCGAGGAUGACUUGCCAAAGGACAAUCGUGAUGCUUUGGAGUUGAUCAGUGGUGUUACCACGCUUGAUAUCAAGCAGUAUUUUGAGCCCAAUGGCCCUGACCUUAGUGGCUGGGCUGUCAAACCAUUCGCCAUUCUCGCCUCUUCUUUUGAAGAAAUUAUAUUUUUAGAUGCCGAUGCUCUCUUUUUCCAAUCUCCAGAUGUCAUGUUUAACUGGAAGGCUUACAAUGAUACUGGUGCUGUGUUUUUUAUGGAUCGCACAUUGUUUGCUGGCACGGAUAGCCCAGGGCUAAAGUUUUUCCAGUCGAUUGUUCCUGAGCCUUCCGAGUAUGCCAAAACAUCUGGCCGCUUGAUACCCAAGUUAACGGUCCAUGAGGGCGAGUCGGGUGUAAUUGUCUGGAACAAGCGCACUAAUCUGCAUCCCCUUUUGCUUACCUGUGUCAUGAAUGGAAAACCCUAUCGUGACAUGGUGUAUAAGGCUUAUCAUGGCGAUAAGGAGUCGUAUUGGAUUGCACACGAGGCACUCAAGAUGCCUUACAGAUGGGCUCCUGGUGCAGGAGGUACCGUUGGGUUUCUCAAAAACGCUACUGCUGAGCCUACAAAAGUUUGCGGUGGUCUAUAUCAUCCAGAUGAAAACUGGAAGCCGCUCUGGUUCAAUGGCGGCAUCUUGCGCAACAAACACAGCUCGGACGGCCAAGUGUCAUUAAGCCUCACUCACUGGGCUACGGACCGUACUUUCAAAUCACCUCAAUGGGAAUGGGAGACUCCUACCACUCCAUUCUGUCUGCUGCCUAACGACUCUAAAACCGAGUUUGGAGAGCUCACCGCAGAGGAAAAGAAAAUUGCUGCAAUGAUGGUUAGCUCAUGGGAUUUGUUAAAACUUCCUGUAUCUAAACCGAGUGCUGGCUAAACUGUACUAUUACUCUAUUAUUUUGGAAAUAAAAUCUUGUUGAUAUUUAAACCCAUAUCAAGGGCUAC